GGGAGAUAAAUAGGGUGCGAUUGCCCAGCUUGGGAGACAUCAUUCACUAUCACAGUUCAACCAACAGGCCAAACCACCAAACCUCCAAACACAUCUUCUAUCAAACACACUUUUGACGGAUACUCUACCCUCACACAACUAUUCAUUCUGACUUCAAAAAUCAUCACCAAAACCCCACUUCAAUCAACCAACCAACCAACUCCCCAACCAAACCACAACCCAUCAAAAUGCCCUUCACCAUCGCUGCCUUCAUCACCCGCCGUCCCGAAGUCUCCCCCACCGACUUCGCUACCUACUACGACACCAAGCAAAUCCCGCUCAUGAAGUCUCUCGUCGGCGACGACAUGCCGUCCACUGUGACCCGCUACUACGUCAAGCGCGCGAAAUCUGACCCCAGUGGCCUCACACCGCUGGCUUUCGGCGGCAACGGCACCUUUGACUACGACCUCGUGUCAUUCUUCAAGUUCGCGGAUGAGCCAGCAGCGCUGAAGUUCCAACAGAAGUAUGCGGAUAAGGAGAUUGAGAAGCAGUUGGCGAUGGAUUUGGGGGAGUACGCGCAGUUGGAUAAGUUCAAGGUUAUUGCUUUCCAGGAUCCUAUUGAGAACUAAGAGAUGGCUUUGAAAUGCGGAGUAUUUGAAGGACGGAUUGGAAUUUUUUCGAAGACGCGUUUAGGUUUAGGGGUAAUUAGAUGGCUUGGACAUGCAUGGGUGCGAUCGAUUUUGUGAUAUCCGAAACCGAAUGAAGUUUGGCAUUCUCAAUACAAAA